AUUUAGUGUAUAAACACACAACAUUAUUAUUUUUUACAUAUAAAUUAUAAUAUAUUCAAUAGUAAUAAUAAUUAUUUUAAUAAUAAUUAAUAAUUAAUAAUAAUAAUAAUAAUGGAAGGUAUUAAAGUAUCAUUUGAAAAUGAACCAUAUAGAGACCCUGAUUUUAUUAUAAAUCAUAAAGCACCAUUUAAUGCAGAACCAAAACCAGAUGUCUUGGUUCAAUCAUUUAUUACUCCAACUGAAAAGUUUUAUGUUAGAAAUCAUGCACCAGUACCAGAUAUUUGCCCAACAGCAUACACAUUAAAGAUUGAUGGUUUAGUAGGUCAACCAUUAACAUUAUCAUUAAAUGAUAUUAAAACUAAAUUUGAAAAAGUUACAAUUACUGCUCAUUUACAAUGUGCAGGUAAUAGAAGAACAGCAAUGAGUGAAUAUAAAAAAGUUAAAGGUGUUGGAUGGGGUAUUGCAAGUUUAUCAAAUGCUACCUGGGGUGGUUGUAGAUUAAGAGAUGUUUUAUUACAUGCAAAAAUAUUUUCAAAAGAAUCAGGUGCAAACCAUGCAGUAUUUUGGGGUUUAGAUUUUGGAUGUCCAGAAGAUAAUGGAAAACCAUAUGGUAGUUCAAUUACUGUCGAAAAAGCAAUGGAUAUUGAUGGUGAUGUUUUAUUAGCAUAUGAAAUGAAUGGUGAAACUAUAAAUAGAGAUCAUGGUUUCCCAUUAAGAGUUGUUGCACCAGGUAUUAUUGGAGCAAGAAGUGUUAAAUGGUUAGAUAAAAUUACAAUUAGUCCACACGAAUCUGAAAGUUUCUUCCAAAGAAGAGAUUAUAAAAUCUUCCAUAAUGGUGUCGAUUGGAACAAUGUAGAAAAGUAUUGGGAUAAAACUCCAUCCCUUCAAGAACUCUCAAUUCAAAGUGCUAUCUGUGUACCAGCACCAAACUCUGCACUUUAUUUACCAUUUACAAUUACAGGUUAUGCUACCAGUGGCGGUGGUAGAAAGAUUGAAAGAGUUGAUGUUUCAUUAGACGGUGGUGAAACUUGGGACUAUGCAGAAUUAUUAGGUGAGGAUAAAGGUGUUUGUACAAAAUACUGGGGUUGGACUCUCUUUAGAUAUACAAUUACCAAAUUACCACAAUUAGAGGGCAAAGACUCUACCAAAAUUAAAUUAGUUUGUCGUGCUUGGGAUCUUUCAAGUAAUACCCAACCAAAGGAUGUUAAAGAUAUUUGGAAUUUAAGAGGUGUAAUGAAUAACUGUUGGCAUACAGUUGAUGUUACAAUUUUAAAUCAAAAUAAAAAAUCAAACCUUUAAAUAAACAAAUAACCAAAUAACCAAUAUUUAUAUAUAUAU